GGCCAAGGGCUAGUUUUCACUUCUCUCAGGUUUAUCAGAAGACUCUGCAGUCGCCAUGUCUCGUAAGAUAAUUGGGAUCCUUCCUAACUAUUACGUGCACGUACUAGACCUGAAUACUAAUAUAACUACUGUGGAGAUUGGACCGCAGAAUCUUGUCCUACAGGACAAUCAUUCUCUUGAAGCCGGUCCUCUUCCCUUUGUGACGAUACCCCCCGGGCCACUACUGCCGGGUGGAACAUCCCAUCGAUAUCAAUAAACCAAUAGUUGAUGGGAAGUUAUACGAACUGAGAUUUGGACACAGAGAAAUAAGACUCCAUGGAGAUCCUUUCCCAUUGUUUCCUGGAGAGAGAUUACCUGAGAGUGGCAGUGCAACUGAUUAUUCUCGUGCUAUUAAGUGUCUUCCAACCAUAAAAGCAGAUCAUGGGAUACACUUGAGUGCUCUGGUUGAUAUGGAGGAGACUGAUACUGCUCCAGCUCGUAAGGCAGGGGAUGAGUGGCAGCUGAGAGGACCACUGACCUACUUACCCAAACCAGAAGAGCAAGUAGUAAAGAUGGUGUCUCCUAUUAUAAUAACUCCUGGUCAUGCUGUUCGUCUUAGAGCUCGUCAAGCCUUCACUGACGCUAAGGGAAUUUAUCGUUGCACUGGUGAGGAGUGGCUGGUGAGGGAUAUUGGAGCUUAUCUACCUGAUGUGUAUGAGGAGGAGGUUGUGAAUGAGGUCCAGUUAACUGUUUUAUCUCACCAUCAGUAUUGUGUGGUUGUUAAUCCUCUUGGUGAUGAUGGUAGACCAUGUCUUGGCUGUAGGGAACUGAGAAAAGGACCCAAGACAUUCUUCCUUCAUCCUGGUGAGAAGUUUGAGAGAGGGAUACAGGAUGCUAUUAUAUUAGAAUCUGAUGAAGCUCUUCUUGUCACUGCUCAAGAGGAAUUUGACGAUAUUACUGAAGAUGGUAGUAAAGUCCAUCUUACCCCUGGUGACCGGUGGAUGAUUCAUGGACCAACUGACUAUAUACCUAGAACUGAGAUUGGAAACAUACAGAGAAGGAAGGCUACUCCAUUAAAUGAGAAUGAAGGGAUUUAUGUUAGAAAUGUUCAGUCAGGACAGGUUCGUGCUAUAUUGGGCCCUCAGUCUUAUUUACUGCAAGCUGCUGAGGAACUGUAUGAGAAAGAACUGACUCCAUUAGCAGAAGAAAUAUUAAAGGAGGGUGGUGGUGUUGGUGAUGCCAGUAUUAGGAAGAUUGCAUAUUUUGAUGGAGCUAAAGACCCUUCGCUCUUUAAGGGAAAUAAGCGUGACAAAACUCGUGUAGUUACUUAUAGGUGCCCCAGUAACUGUGCAGUCCAAGUAUACAAUUACAUAGAGAAGACAGCUCGUGUUGUAUUUGGUCCUGAUCUUGUAGUGCUGGAUCCUCAUGAGAACUUUAAUGUCCUCAGUUUGAGUGCUGGUAAACCAAAGAAGGAGAAUGCCCUGAAAACUAUUUGCCUCAUGCUUGGUCCUAACUUCAUAUCUGACCAUAUUACAGUAGAGACAUCAGAUCAUGCUCGUCUUAAGAUUGCUGUAUCAAUGAACAAUGAAUUCAGAGUUGAAAGAGGUAACCCAGAGAGUGAGGCUAUGCUGUUCAGUGUUCCAGACUUCAUUGGAUUUGCUUGCAGAGAAGUUGCUAGUAAAGUGAGAGGGAAGGUUGCUUCUAUACCAUUUGAACAGUUCCACAAGCAUUCAGCUGAUAUUAUAACUGCUGCUGUGUUUGGUAAGAAUGCUGAUGGAGAAGUUAAUAAAGAAGUGAUAUUUACUGCCAAUAACCUGGUGAUCACUAAUAUUGAUAUUCAAAGUAUUGAACCAAUUGAUCAUCAUAUGAGGGACUCUCUAUCUAAAUCUGUUCAAAUGGCAAUUGAGAUAUCUACCAAGUCAAUAGAGAGGUCAGCACAGCAUGAGGCACAGAGAACUGAACAAAAAGCAAAAGGAGAACUAGAGAGACAAAAACUACAAAAUGAAAAGGAGGCAGAGGAGGCAAGGAAGGAGUUGUUAGAGUUACAAGCAGUAGCAGCUGCUGUUGAGAGCACUGGACAAGCUAAAGCAGAAGCACAAUAUAACUUCACUAUGAAGGAUUGAAUGUAAGGGGAACUUCCUUUCUUCCAGACGAUAGACUUUGCUCAUUUAGAGGCUGGACUCAUACCACCACCUUUCAUACCCAAUUCCAGAGCAGUCUAUGCUAAAGAUGUGUUAGAUAUUGACCAGUUCUCUUCAGUCAGAGGAGUAGAGAUUGAGAAAGCUGACGAGGACUUUGCUGACAAGUUUGCAACCGGAAUAGUACCCAAACCGUGGCAGGAGGAGAUGCUAGAGACUAACGUGUUUGACGACGUCAAUAAACUCUCUCCACUUGAAGCCCAGCGCUCCAAGUCCCUUGACAUGGUCCUGGAGGAGGAAGAACAGGAAUCCAUUAGACAAAGAACAGCCUCCAAUUCUUUCUUUGGGAAGUUCUUCAGACCUAAGAGACAAGUAACGAUUGAUAUACCUUGAUAGACACAGACAUCAGUUAUAACGUAGACUCCAUUAGCAGCUGUCCUGCUGGAUAUUAAUACAACACUGGCACUCACCUACCACUACUAAUGCACCUGACACCACUUCACCUACUCAACAGACACUAAUUCGUAUUAUUAUAAUUAAUUCGUAAAUUGUUUUUGAUAAUUAGUUCCCUUGUA